AUGACGAAAGCCUUUGUGUUAGUAAUUGCAAUAUGCCCUUACGGUGACCGUAUGGGCUUCUUGAUGCAGAGUUCAAGGCACGGUAACUUUGACACGUCAACGCCUGUGGCGAACGAGUUUUCUCCACCCUUCGUAGCUCGCUUCGUGAGGCUCGAACCCCAAACCUGGCACAAUUACAUCGCUCUCAGGCUGGAAUUCUACAUCAAAGGACCCGUUGCAGAUGCUAUCGACACAGCCCGCCCUCUGGGGAUGAUGGACGGGCAGAUUCCCGAUGUCUUCAUCUCCUCAUCCUCUUGCCACUCUAAAUAUUUCUGCACACGGCACGCUCGUCUCAACUACCCAUCAGCUAGCUGGUUGGCCAAUAGGAACGAUUAUGAACAGUGGAUCAAAGCUGACCUGCGCGCCGUGUACAUAGUUCAAGGGGUCAUCACGCAGGGUCAGCCAAACUUUGACCAAUGGGUGACAAGCUUUACCAUAUCACACAGUCUAGACGGUAAAAUAUGGACCAAGGUCAAAGAUCAUUGCACAAGUGAAACCAAGACGUUUGUCGGCAAUCACGAUAGCAGAACGCCGAUCAUCAACUUUUUCGAUCGAGAUUUUAAGGCACGAUUAGUCCGCCUCGAACCCAAGUCAUGGUACGGUCAUAUUUCUAUGAGAUUUGAGGUCAUGGGCAAAGGACCAAUCGCAGAGCAUAUGUUUGAAUCUAUGGAGCUAGGAGUAGAGCAUCGCCACGCCCGCCUCUACAGUAUGACUGCAUCUAGUUGCCAUGACCACCGACAUUGCGCAGACCAUGCAAGGUUGAACCAAGCGAGCUGGAGUGCCGAACUCCGAGGCGCGUGGAUGCCGAAAAGAGACGACAGAAAACAAUGGGUGCAGGUCGAUCUCUCUCAUCCAUACCUCAUCACUGGCAUCGUGACAAAAGGGAUGCAAGGAACUCAUAAAUGGGUAUCAUCUUUCCUCGUCUCCCAUAGCAACAAUGGGCGUGACUACGAGCCUCUCAGAGAUAAAUGUUGUGAAGAACCGGAGGAUUUCAUAGCCAAUGACGAUGACAGUACCCAGGUGACAAACACAUUCCACCCUCCCUUCACCGCUCGCUAUGUACGUAUCUACCCUGUUUCAUGGGUCGAGAGGAUAGCACUGAGGUUCGAACUCCUCGGUGUCAAAUUGACAAACGGUGAAGCGAUGAUAACUCGACCACUGGGGCUGGAAGACCGACGCAUUGCCGACUCUCAACUCAGCGCCUCGUCGUGCUGGAACACGAUCCAGUGCGCGAACACGGCCAGGCUAUUCAACGAAUACCAAGCAUGGUCACCGAAGAAAAGCGAUAAAAACCCAUGGAUCCAGUCGUUUCGUCUAGAAGCUGUACUGACUCAAGGUCGCGACAAUGCUGAUAACUGGAUAACGGCUUUCUUGGUGACGUACAGUUUAGAUGGGUACUCCUGGACAUACAGUCUAGGAAAUGAUGGACAACCACAGGAUCGGAAUAGUCUGGUCGUCAACCCCUUCAUGCCCGCAUUCGUCGCCCGAUUCGUCCGUAUCGAGCCGCUAUCUUGGCACCAUCAUAUCUCAUUGAGGUUUGAACUGUUUGGAGCAGGUCCUAUUCCAGUAAUACCGAAUACCCUGGGCCUCGAAGAUUAUCGUAUAGCGGAUUCAGAACUCCAAGCAUCCAGUUGCAACAACGAUCGUCACUGCGCGAAUCAUGCGCGUCUCAACUUCGCCGGCGCGGACGAACAAGGUGGAACCCCGAGUAACUCAGUGACGUCAUCAGGGAAACUCCCCGGAGCGUGGAUACCGCGGUACAACGACCACAACCAAUGGGUUGGGGUGGAUCUCAUCGAGAAAUACCGGGUGGUGGGUGUCAUCACGCAAGGUCGGGAAGACGCUGACCAAUGGGUGACGUCAUUUGCGGUGUCGUACAGCAUGGAUAACGAGGCGUGGUCGUUCAUUGGAGAUUGCGAUCGCGAAGAAAAGAUCUACCGGGGUAACCACGAUCGCUCAACCCCCAUCAUCAACUUGUUCGAGACGCCUCUCCUGGCUCGUUCCGUCAGGGUUCAUCCGAAAAGAUGGACCAGGCACAUCGCCCUCCGACUCGAACUCCUCGGCAAUGGCCCUGUUGCAGAAGUGGGGAUUGACGCGAACAAGCUGGGAAUGGAAAGCGGACGGAUCGCCGACACUAGUAUCGCGGCAUCGACCUGCAUCAGCGACGACGCUUACUGCUCCGAGUCGGCGAGACUCAACCGCGAGGUCGGGGGAUGGGUGCCCCUCAUCAACGACUUCGCGCAAUGGAUACAGGUCGAUCUCAUGGCCGUGUACCGCGUGACCGGGGUCAUCACGCAGGGGCGGAGUGAUGCCCCGCACUGGGUCACGCGAUUUACUGUCUGGACAAGCCGGGAAGGCAAAGGGAAGUGGACCCCAGUGACUGAAUCGACCUGUGGAGAAGUCAAAGAGAUCAAAAUCUUCACGGGUAACUGCGACCAGUCGACUCACUUCACCAACCGGUUUAGCCCGCCUAUCCUGGCCCGCUACGUCCUGCUCGCUCCUGUGGCAUGGCAUGCGCACAUCGCUCUCAGAUUCGAACUGCUUGGCGAAGGCCCUUUCAUGCUACCCGACAUAGCAGUGCACUGACGUAAUUUUCAUCACCGAUAUUAAGGAAAAGACACUAUAAUAUUUUAUACUGGCACGGUGUAUAAACCGCUCCCCAUUUUCCUAGGUAUAGAUAUAAGAUGUUUUGAUUGAGGUAUAUCAGCUGAGGAAGAAUGCUGAACCCGGCCACUCUUGCCUAUAAUAUAAAAGUCGAAAUACACCUCUCUAUAAAGGCCAACUGUCUACAGUGGCCAUAAUUUUGACUCUUUCGACAGAGGGGGCAAA